GUUUGAGAUCGCAUAUCCCGACGUUGCCGUAUGAGAAACGCUUAUCGAAAGUGGACACACUCCGAUUAGCAAUCGGUUAUAUACAUUUUCUUCAGGAAAUUGUCCAAGCGCACACGAAAGAUGAAAUGAAAUGGAAAGGUGUGAUGGGAAAUUCAGAAGCCGAUUCUAAUGUCAACGAUUGUGGUGAUGAAGAAGAGGAUGCAGAUGCAGAGGGCAGUGGUGGUGGUGGUGGUGGUGAAGAGAACACACCUAGAGACAGAAGAAGUUAUCCAGGUUCUUCUACAGCAACUAAACAUUUGUCCUCAUGUGUUGGGAGUAUGAAACAGAAUCGACUGGCCCCACAUGGCUCCUUCGCAGUCAACAGAUUCAGUACAAAUUACAGUUUGGAAGAUGAAAAGAAAGUUGUUAGAGAAAGGAAAAUCAUUUUGAAUCUUCCUAAAAGAUUGUUUGAAGUGAUGAUCACAAGGAAGUACGAAAAACUUUGUGUUACAAAGGGUUCUGAAGAAUCUAUGUAUGACUCACUUGUGGGGUGUCAACCAGACCAAAUACUUCUUGGACACAGUUUAAGUUGGCAUCGUGAUCGUCCAGCAUGGAGUCGAAAUCCUGCAUCAAAUUCAACGAAUACUUUAGUUGCAAAGGUAUGGAUUCCAGAAAGACUCAACUGCAUAAAAGCCAGUUGACUGCAUCGAAUCUUUUAGACGAUCAUUCAACAGUUAUCCACAAUCAUCUUAUUUUGUUUAAAUGAUACAAGUCGACUGAAUUUAUUCAAAUCCAGUUCACCAGACAACUGCAGCAUAAUAAGAUUAGUAGUGACUAUUUUCCUUUUACAGAAAGCACACAGAUUACUAACUGCAUUUGAGUAGUAGGAGAUUAUGAUUUUAUUGUUAUCCACUCGAAAGAGAACAAAGAUGAAUACAGACUCACUGGUAUCUGAAAAAAAGUGAUUGAAACUUUGAACUGUGGACGAGAUAGAUAAUCAAAGUUUAUGGUUGCUACUUACAAACUACUCAACAUUUAUGUUUACUUAACUUUCAGGUGGACUGCUAUUCAGUAGAAUGACCUUUCUAUCUCCUUUGUUUCAUUUAACCAUUGAAUACAAAUAUUUCAUCAUACAGUUUGAAGAUUACUUCCCAACAAUCUUUGAAUUUUCACUCUAAUAUUUUUAGAAAAU